AUGGAAACUCUCUUUUCACUACGAGACGACGAUGAGGAGAACGGCGUAGACGAAGCUAAAAUGCUCCUCAUCGGAGACAACGGCGAAACUUUCUCUCCUCUGCGCGACGGUGCAUCGGAGCUCCAGCAUUACAACAUCAGCUCCCUCCAGUCAACGGUCGUGAUUCGUCAGCUGACGUCACAGGGACUCUCCUUCCAGCUCUGGCCAGCCGCCUCUACUCUCGUCUCCCUUCUCGACAACCACCGCCGUGACCCUACCACCAGCCCCCUCGCCUCAACGCUCUCCUCCACUUCGCCGACGAUGAACAUCCUCGAGCUCGGAUCCGGAACCGGCGUCGUCGGAAUCGCCGCGGCGAUCACUCUCUCCGCCAACGUCACGGUGACGGAUCUCCCUCACGUCCUCGAGAAUCUCAGGUUCAACGCGGACGCGAACGCCGAAACCGUCGCGAGAUUCGGCGGGGAAGUACACGUGGCGCCGUUACGAUGGGGGGAGGAUGGUGACGUGGAGGUUGUUAUGGGGAGGGGAGUUGAUUUGGUUGUUGCGUCUGAUGUUGUGUAUCAUGAUCAUUUAUAUGAGCCGUUACUGAAAACGCUGCGUUUUAUGGUGACGAGGAUGCGGUUAGAUGGGGGGAAGAGGUUGGUGUUUGUGAUGGCUCAUUUGAGGAGGUGGAAGAAAGAGUCUGUGUUUUUUAAGAAGGCUAGGAAGGUUUUUGAUGUUGAUGUUAUAUACUCUGAUGAGCCUAAGGAGGGUGCAAGAAGUGGCGUUAUGGUUUACCGUUUUGUUGCGAAACAAUUGAAUCAAAAUGGUCGGAUUGUUUCGUGUUAA